CUUCUCCCGAACGUCCAUAUCGUCCUAAGCAUUUGGAGCGCUGAAGGGUCCAUUCCAGGAUGCACCGCGCCCUCCUGAUCCCUGAAGUGAUUGCUACGGUAUGCUCCCUAUCUCAUCGCAAGGACGUCCGAAAUAUGUCCAAAGUCUGCCACGCAUGGCGAGACCAAGCUCUCGACCAUCUCUGGAAAACUUUGGCACGCGACGCCCUCGACAAGCUCUUCAGCACGCUGCCUAGGGAGGUUUACCGGCGUAAGAGGCAAUUCCCUGUUCUUCGCAACCGGAUAUUCACGGUUCAGCCGCGAUGGGUACGGCCGCCCAGUCAGGACGAGUAUGACCAGCUCUAUACAAUCACCUCGCGUAUCCAAGUCCUGAGAGUGCUGAGCAACAGACAACUCAUCGACAUGCUCGUCCGUCACCCGCCCGCGAACCCACUAUUCCCGCGUCUCACCGACCUCAGCGUGUAUAUUCUGUGCGACGACGUUGUCCACGACGAGGAGUUGACUCCAUUCUCGUCUACGGUGUUAUCAAAGCUGCGCGUCUCCCUGACGCCAAGCGAGAAGAAGCCUCGUCUGGACAUCGACGCACUGUGCGCAUGCUGCGCGUCAGAUGUCCUAAUUACCCUGGCUGUAUUUGGACUGAGGACUAUGCCUAACAUUGUCGGUGUCCGCAAAGAUGUCCUCCGACAACUCGACGUCGAUGACUUGAACGACGAGGGCUACGCAGUCGCGGCGGCCUUGCCUGCGCUGGAGACUCUCCGCAUCGUCACGCCCCGUGAAGAUCCACCCUCCUUCACCAAACUCUCGUCCGUCGGGCGCCCUUUCCAUGCUCUGAGGACACUCGAGCUACGCGCAGCUGCUUACAAGGGCAGCCCGUACAGGGGUCUCAUCGCGAAUUUCCUGCGCCAUUGUGGUAUCCUCACUCUAUCCACCCUCACGAUUGAUCUCGACUUACCUGAUGUCUGCGAUGGAGAGAGGCGUCCCACCGAUCAUUGGCACGAGCUCUUCCAGGCCCUGGCGUCGCAUUGCUACCACGAGAGCCUCCGUCACCUCGACGUCCGGGACGGUAGCGAGCUGGCCGUGCUCGACGGGGACGAUAUUCGAAUGCUCUUACCAUUCACACACUUGGAGACGGUGUCGCUAGAGAACAGGGGAGGGAUUGCAAUCAGCAAUUCGCACAUCGUCUCGCUUAUGCAGGCCUGGCCGUCGCUGCAGACCCUGAGUUUGGUUCAGCCCAUGGAAGACGCCUCACUCGCAGACGACGCAGAGGAUCUUGUUGAUUCUGACGGCGAGGCCUUGGAAAAAAUUGACACGCCUGUCGUAUACACCUGCACGGUCCUCGGCCUCCUCGAAAUUGCCCGACGCGCCACCUCACUGCACGCUCUUACCUUGUCUGUCGACUUUUCCGAUAUCCCCCAGCAGCUAGGAGACCGGCCGUUUGACAACAAUGUCACCAGUCUGGAACUCCGAGGUGGGCAGCGCUCACCCGAAGGACGUCGCACAUCUCUUGUGUGUCGCGUUCCCUAGAGCGGUGUCUUCCUUCGCCGUGUCGCCAUACGGUGAUUUAGAAGCGGAGACAGGUCCAGGGUCGAAGUGGGACGAGGUCCGACGCCUUGUGGACAUGGAGAGAAACCAGACGGGAUGAUGAUUGGAGGUAUACUGAUAUGCUUUGAACGUCAGCACAAUCAGACAAAGGCCGCUGGUCCAGCUGAGUGCGAUAUAAAAUUGAGACAAAGCGUGCCAACAACCACCAAUCGCCAAAAUCUAAAGAUCGUCCUGACGCGGCCGAAUUAUAUCUAUGUACUUCUCGGAUGUAACUUCCCUGGCAUAUAGUACGGUGCCGAACUUCAC